GUGUCUGUGUCUCGAGAUUGCUUGAAAUUUUUUUCAAAAUUGGGAGAUGAAACUGGGUUUGAAUCCUAUAGACAAAAGAUACAUAUAGAUACGUUAAAUAAAAUAAGGUAUCAACAUUGAUCUCGUUAGAAGACAAAGUUAUUAAACAAGUGGUAUGGUUAACGUCACACAUGACGACACGAGGACAAAGGCACACGUUUGUGUGCGUUUGUUCGAUGCAUGAGCAAAGGCGUCGGCAGAGUUCCGGGUAUCGUUAUCGGGGGCGACGCGUGCAUGUGUGUCCCCUUGUCGUCCGUUCGUCUACGGUUUAAAGGCAUGUACUGCGUGCGGCACCCGCGUGAAAGUUGUUGGUCAGCGAAAACGCGCGAAAUUCAAACCCGGCCAUUAGCUCCAAGGUCGAAUACGACGCGUCGCACUUUGACUCAUUACAUAAUUGACAAACAAAACACUUCCGUACACGGAAUCGCAACUAAAACGUCAAAAAAAUGAAGAAAAAAAAAACGAGCGAGUGCGUAGAAGGCCACGCGGUUGUAUAAUAAGACGGCAGUUACAGCUGAGAAGGCUCGCCGGCCUUGCCGUCUGCUCCUUUCCACAUACCUGGUAGGAGGCUUGUUUCUUCGACACACUUCUGUUUGCCCCUCGCAGUGAGAAAGUACCGUACUUCCUCGGAAUACAACAGAGAUGGCACCGCCAACGAGAUGGGGAAUCGUCAGCGCAGGACGUGUCUGCAACGACUUCGUUGCUGUGCUCAAUACCAUGCCGAGAGAAGAUCAUGUGGUAGUGGCCGUCGCAGGUCGCGGAUUCGAGAACGCCAAGAAGUUCGCGGCGCUGCACAGCAUCUCCAAGGUGUACUCCAGCUACGAAGAACUUGCUCAAGAUCCGGACGUUGAGGUGGCGUACAUCGGAAGCCUCCAUCCGGAUCACAGGGACAGCAUCAAGUUGAUGCUGGAGCACGGCAAGCACGUGCUCUGCGAGAAGCCACUCACCAUGAAUGCCAAGCAGACGGAGGAAGUCAUCCGACUGGCGGCCGAGAAACGUCUCUUUCUCAUGGAGGGUGUCUGGAGCCGCUUCCUGCCGAUGUACAAGGAGCUCCACAGGGAGCUCGAGAGCGGCAGCAUCGGCGACCCCCUCUACAUCCACGCGACGGCGGGCUACGACAUGAGGCACCUGGUCAGGGUGUUCCAGAAGUCGUUGGGAGGCUCGGUGCUGCUCACGCUGGGCAUCUACUGCCUCAACCUCAUCACGCGGGUCUUCGACGAGGACGUGCCCCGCAAGGUGGUGGCCGUCGGAGACGUCAUUGAAGGAGAGGGUGUGGAUCAGGCGUGUGCCGUCUCCAUGGAAUUCAGCAACGGACGCCUUGCGAACUUCGCGUCGUCUUCCGUACUCAAGCUGCCCACCACUGCCGAGAUCGUGGGCACAAAAGGAACCAUAAAGUUGGGUUUUCCCUUCUGGUGUCCCACCGAGAUGGAGACCCCCGGUGGCAAGAGGACCGCCACCUUUCCAGCCCUCCCGGUGCCGUCCUACUACGUCAACAUAUCGGGCUUGCGGUACGAGGCGGACGAAGUGAGGCGCUGCAUCCUCGCUGGAUUGGUGGAAAGUCCAGAUAUGCCACACAAGGACUCCAGAACGUUGGCAGUACUUAUGGACGAGAUCCUGCGGCAGAUCGGCGUCGAUUACCAGGGGCUUUAGGAGACGUCAAUCGUCUCCCUUUGUGUGUUAGUUGGUUCUAGACAGCGACCAGAUUGCCACGGAAGUUAGCGCUUUGUAAUUGGAAAUAAAUUUAUCUAUGUUAGGAAAGGUUCGCAAACUCGGUUUUUGAUGAAGGACUUAAACAAAAAAAUUGAAGACCUGCAGACGUCGGCUGCCUGGCUACAGAAUGUGAAACCGCAGAAUUAUGUCGCCACGCGAUGGCUAGUAUAAUGAAGACAAUAUGGGUGAAAUUCUACAGGGCUCCAGUAUGAUGUACUGCUUACUGCGAGCAACGGUGUGAAGGCACAAAAGAAGCUUCCGUAGAAGUUCUACCUAAAGAACUCUAAUGGCAGGAAGUCCCUUCCGGGGUUACUAACGGUUCUAUAGCAAACGUUUCUGCCAGAAAGAAAUAAAAUUUAUCAAAAAGAAAA